UGUAUUGCAUUAGGAUUACAAAUUGUAGGAACAACUGUACUUGUACCUCUUAACGAUAACAGUGAUUGUCAUGUUAAAUCAUUGUUUAAUGGAGAGGAUGUUACAAUUGAUAGUAUACAACAAAAACUUAAUGUCCUUAACACAGAACAAGACAUUGAAGAUUUUUGUAGAGUAUAUAUACUUUUUGCCUUCUUUGCAUUAUAUUUUCCUAAGAAAAGCAUGAAUGUCACCAGUGUACCAUUUAAGUUGUCGGACGACCUAAAUUUGCUUGAAACGUAUAACUGGGGUCAAGUGGUGUAUGAAGAUUUAGUCGAAAGCAUAAACACUACUGCUAACAAAUACGCUCAAAGUGGAAGAGACUCGAGUAAAGAAAUGAUUCUUUCAGGUUGUUCUGCCAUUUUACAGUUGGUUGAAGAUUUGGUUCCAACCGAAGAAGACCAACAAUUCGAUGUUGUUGCUGAAGCCAUUCGACAGUCCGAAGUUAUGCAUACGAAUGAUAUUUACACCAGCUUUGAUGCAACCGCUGUUUUAAGAAAACAACAAAUAUUGUUUGACCACAAUAAAGCAUUUAGGGAAAAGAUUUCUAUGAUUGCGGAGGAAAUGAAAUUGCUAAAAGAAGCAGAUAAAGGCGGUAAGGAAGAAAGUCGGUUGGGAAAUGAGGGCGGGGAGGAAGAGAGCGAGCUUGUAGGAAAACAAGAGGAUAAUGGCAGGGAGAAAGUGAUCGAGUCUGUAAAAAAAGUAGAGGAUAAGAAAAGAUGCCAAGAACUUAUCAAACAUUUAUAUGAAACUUGCACAACUCAAUCCAGAGCGAAUGUGUAA